AUGAAUCCCGAGGACGUGGCGAGGUUUCCCCUGCCCGGGACGGCGUCGCCCAUCCAGCUAGCCUUCUCGCCGGACGACAACAUCCUUUCCUACCUACACGCCGAGGGGGGGCAGCUCACGCGACAGUUGUGGGGCGUGGACGUGAACACCAUGGCGAAAAAACAACUGGGGAUGCCCCCCCACGAUGGGGACACGGAAGAAAACCUCAGCCUAAAGGAAAAACUUAAGAGGGAAAGGCAAAGGCUGCACGCCACGGGGGUGACAUCAUUCUUCUGGUCGUCGAGGGGGAGCGCCAACAUCCGCAUCAUGGUGCCGCUACAGGGCAACGUGUACGUUCAGGACGGCAUCGACUCGUCGACGCUAAGGAUAGUGUACGACAAGGCCGCCCCGGGUAACGGUGGGGUGGGGGCGGUCGACCCGCAGAUGUCUCCGGACGGGCGGCUGGUUGCUUUCGUCAAGGACGGCGAGAUAUUCGUCGCCUCUGUCGACCCCCCUGCCUUCUCGUCAACCUCUCCGGGAGCGUGUUCCUCCCCGGCGGCGACGCCGGAGGCGGGGACGGCGUUGCCGCCCCCCGUGCAGCUCACCUUCGGCGGGCGCAGCAGGGGCGUGACGCACGGGCUUGCGGACUUCGUGGCACAGGAGGAGAUGGACCGGUACCGCGGCUUCUGGUGGUCUCUCGACAGCUCCUCGAUAGCCUUCACGGAGGUGGACGAGCGACACAUCCCGUCGUUCCGAAUCAUGCACCAGGGGAAGGACACCGUGGGGGAGGGGGCUCAGGAGGACCACCACUACCCCUUUGCGGGGAAAGACAACCCAAAGGUUCGCCUUGCGGUGGUCGAGGUGGACGCGGCGGCCAUCCAGUCCGGCCAGGCUAACACCAGCGAGGAGAACUUCCGACCCACCUGGAUGGACAUUGGGGGCACCGCCAACGGCGGCGGCACCCCCUCCUCGGGGCAACCGACGGAGGGCCAGACGUCGUCGGAGCCGGCCUCAAGCAACGACAACGGCGGAGUGGGGGCGGCAAGAGAGGGGGCGGGCAUGGAGGGAGAGAUCUACCUCGCUAGGGUUAACUGGCUGCAGGACGGGUCGCUGUGCGCCCAGGUGCAGAACCGCGCUCAGACGGAGCUCCGGCUGCUGCGACUGGACCCGCGAAGCGGCGCCCCGACCACCCUGGUCGUGGAGAAGUCCAAGAUCUGGGUCAACCUCCACCAUCUGCUCCGGUCCCUCCCGGCGCCCGCCCUGCAGCAGCAGCCUCGCCAAGAAGGCGGUAGCUCUGGCGUUGCCGGCGCUAGCGAUAUGGACGUCUCGUCGCCGUCGUCCUCCUCCUCCUCGCCGGCGGCACCGGACGGGUCCUUUUCCUUCAUCUGGGCGUCCGAGCGCAGCGGGUUCAUGCAUCUCUACCUCUACCAGUACGUGCCCGGGGCGGACAAGGCGGUCGAGAUACGCCAGAUAACCUCGGGGGAGUGGGUCGUGGAGUUUGUCGUUGGGGUGGAUCAGGCGAACGACGUGGUGUACGUGAUGGGUACGUACGACAGCCCGUGCGAGCGGCACCUGUACGCGGUGCCCCUCAACAACCCGAAGGGGGGUCCAGGGGGGAGCGCGAAGCCGGUCAGGCUGACGGAGGCCCCGUGCAUGCACAACGUCAUCAUGGACCACCGCCUCCGGAGGUUUGUGGACGUCUACAGCUCGCCGGAGCAGCCCGCGAAGAUGGUUCUGUACGCCCUCUCCACCACGGGUAACCCCUACGAUCCCCCGAUACCCCUGCAGGAGCUGCACUCGGCCCUGGACGACAGAGUCUUGGCUCUCAGACACAAGCUCCCACCCCCGGAGGUGAUAUCCUUCGAGACAAGGGACAGGGAGGCCAACCUGUUCGCAGCCGUGUACCGUCCGGACGUUAACGUUCACGGUCCGGGGCCCUACCCCACCAUCGUGGCAGUCUACGGGGGGCCGCACGUGCAGUGGGUGAGCCGCAGCUGGGGAUGCACUGUGGACAUGCGAGCACAGAGAUUGCGCGACCUGGGGUUUUUGGUGCUGAAGUGCGACAACCGAGGGAGCUUCCGAAGGGGGUUGGCGUUCGAGGCAUGGGUGAAGUGGCGCAUGGGUGGCGUUGAGAUCACCGACCAGGAGGACUGCGUGCACUGGGCGGUCAAGAAGGGUCUGGCGGACCCUGCGAGAGUGGGCAUCUACGGCUGGAGCUACGGAGGGUACGCCACGGCCAUGUGCCUGUGCAAAGCGCCCAACACUUUCAGGGUGGGGGUGAGCGGGGCCCCGGUGACUGCCUGGGACGGCUACGACACUCACUACACGGAGCGCUACAUGGGCACUCCGAUGGAGAACCCGAAGGGUUACACAGAGUCUAGCGUGUUGACUCACGCGUCCAAGCUGGAAGGGAAGCUGAUGCUGGUGCAUGGCCUCAUGGACGAGAACGUGCACUUCCGACACACGGCCAGGCUCAUCAACGCGCUCAUCGCGGCCCGCAAGCCGUACGACCUUCUCAUAUUCCCGGACGAGCGCCACUCGCCGAGAAAGCUACAGGACCGCGUGUACAUGGAGCAGCGCAUCAGCGACUACUUCGUGCAGCACCUCGUCAAAGACCCCCCACCGCAGGCCAGCCACUUGUAGAACCUCCUCCAGCGAAGAGCGGCAGAGGAAUUUUGCCGCUUCCUCUGGGCAUCAAGAAGGAAAGGGGUUGAGCUGAUCAGUUUGUGGACAAAAGGCUCUUUCGCACAGCAGCUGCGGGCGACUGCUGUCCUCCCGCAUUUGCCGGAAUCACGCCGGACUUGCGGAAAACAAGACUGCGGUUAUGAGAGGAACCGGUGUCCCGUCUGGGUUUGCUAUGAGCAAGAACAUUCGACGCUGGUUCUCAAGCAUAGGCGACGCUGGUUCUUAAGAAUAGAUGGCGCUGAUUUUUACCGAAUAGACGACGCUCCUCCUUCUUGUUCUUGGAAGAGAGGGGCGUUUGGUAGCCCUUUCCUUCGCGUGAAAGGACGCGUUUUGCGCUCCUGUUCUCCCCCCGAUGCCCAAUCGCCGUCCACACCCGUUAUAUUACUAUACUAUAGGCACACGACUUGUUGUGGUUGGUUUUCCCUGCCGUUGUUUUGUGCCUGUUUUUCUCGCUGGGAAUUAAUCCUUUUCCCGGCCCCUUUCACCACACAUGAACCGAUUUUUCAAGGGUGAUGGUAGGGUAGAGCUUCUAGCUUCCCUACCGAGAUUCACGAAGCCCAAACGGCCAUUGCCCGCGGCGGUGCGCCUGUCUGUUGGUGUUUUCGUUGUGCGAGCGAGAUGCGAGAUGGCCGCCGAACAGGGCGUGUUGUCGAAUAUUGCGCGGGUACAGUAUCUGCCGUAUUUGUGGACAAUGACAAUGAAAGCUUCCACGGGCGUGUGCCUUAUAGAAGAGCAGGGUUUAUGGGUUAUGGUGCUCUAUGAUGAUUACCAUGGCGGCUCAUAGGCACGACACGGUUCGUGGUGUGGUGUUAUGAAGGUUGGAUCCUGGUGGGCUUUCGAGAAGGCGUGGGUUACAACCUUGUUGCAGGGGAGUGGGGAAGAUCGAUGGGGCGGGCGUUGGAGUGGAAGAAAAGAGGUGCUAUAAUAUUAAUAAAUAGCUGUCUUCCGCGGUUCGAGAGCAACAACCAAGCUUUUUGUUUCUUGGUCGCGAGCGACUGGCUGGCUGCAAGUCUCACGUUCGUUCGUUUUUCACACGAAAAUAGCAAUUUGGGGCGUACGAUAUAUAUGUUU